AUGGCGAGAGCACAAGAAACGGCCCUAGCCCGAUUCUACGGUCUCCCAAAAGUGCACAAAGAGGGCGCUCCUCUCCGGCCUAUCGUAUCACUAAAGGGCACUUCAACCUACGGACUGGCAAAGUGGCUGUUCCAACGUCUCAAGUUUCUGACCUCCGACUCGAACACCACAGUCAGCUCGUCAACGCAAUUCUUGGAGAAACUUAAAGGAGUAAGUCUCCUGCCAAGCGAUAUCAUGGUUUCCUUUGAUGUCACGUCCCUUUUUACUUCUAUCCCGCAGGACCUGGCAGUCGAGACCAUCGAACUACUCCUACGAGAGAAAUACGACGAAACGGAGAAUCGCCUCGGACACGCCCAAAUCAUCCAGCUCCUGAAGUUCUGUCUCAAGACGUACUUUACAUUCGACGGAACAAUCUACGAGCAGGUGAAGGGAACGCCAAUGGGUUCACCGAUUUCGGGACUCAGCCGAGGCGGUCCUACAACGGCUGGAGUCGCUGGUUUUCCGACACCACAGACCGAAAUUUUGGGCUCGGUAUGUGGAUGUCACCUUCGUCGUCAUCGAACGGGAUCAGGUGCUGACGUUCAAAGAACAACUCACUGCGGUCUUCCCGGACAUUCAAUUUACGAUGGAGGAGGAGGAAAACAAUCAGCUGGCCUUCCUGGAUGUCCUCGUCUGCCGCAAAGCUUGUGGUAG